CAGCAUCAUCAUCUGCGUUUGAUGGUUGUUGCUGGAAGAGAUGCAUUUGUGGCCGGAAUUAAAGAGAAUUAUUUGUUGAAUUACCCGUUGUAUUUUAUUAACGUCUACCCCAACCCUAUCUCCAACACUCACAGUAAUGUAAAAACAGUAAUUAUAGCAAGCAUUAUUCAUAUUAUUUAUUAAAUGACCCAUUAUAUUGUAUUGUAUUAACGUCUAUCCCUACUCCAAUACUAAACCCACCCCUCACACUAAUGUGAAAAUAAUAAUUAUUGUUGUAGCCUCACAGAAGCUAUAUUGAUUUUAGUAUCCACAGCUGUGUCCUAUGGAGCUUAAAAUAUGACAAAGCAAUCUGAAUUUGACUUGUGUUCAUUUGAAUGAUUGACAGUUGUCCUAUUUUAAGCUCCAUAGUCUCCCAUCUAAACGUUACCCUGUUUGAUAUUUAUACAUAGUCCCCUGCUUUGUAGCUGUGUGUAUCUCAAGGUCACUCUUGCGUCACGUCGAUGACGUCGGCAUGCGCUUUUCCACCUUUGCUUAAACAGCAGUUAAAAAAAGCUGAGAGCGCCGUAACGGACACUCGCCAGCAGGUGGCGACCAAAACGCUCCGGUUGGUUCUCCGGUCCUCCUCCUCCGCCGCGUCGUGCGGUUUCUCCUCCCUCACUCUCCUCCAAACACACACGAACGCGAGUAACACCGGCAGCUUGAACUAAUAUCACGCUGUCACUGCAGGACGAACAUCAUAUGAAGCCAUAAUAACACGGAAUACCGGGACAAAACCGCAGAAUCCGAUAUCUGCCAGAGGAACGUGAAUGCACUGAGAUCACAAAACCAAAAAGUCUUGGAGAAGCCUGCAAAGACCAUCGCCUUAAACACACACACAUACACAAACACAAACACACACACACACUGAAGAAGUACAGGGACCCAGAUAAAUGGCUGACAAACAGAUCAGUUUGCCUGCCAAGCUAAUAAACGGCGGUGUUGCCGGACUGAUCGGCGUUACGUGUGUGUUCCCCAUUGAUCUGGCCAAGACUCGCCUUCAGAACCAGCAGAAUGGAUCCCGCCUCUACACCAGCAUGUCAGACUGCCUUAUUAAGACCAUACGGUCAGAGGGAUACUUUGGCAUGUAUAGAGGUGCUGCGGUGAACCUGACUCUUGUCACCCCAGAAAAAGCCAUCAAGCUGGCGGCAAAUGAUUUCUUCAGGCAUCAUUUCUCUAAAGACGGGCAGAAACUCACUCUCCUGAAAGAGAUGCUGGCUGGCUGCGGUGCAGGAACCUGUCAGGUCAUCGUUACGACACCGAUGGAGAUGCUGAAGAUUCAGCUGCAAGACGCCGGAAGAAUCGCGGCUCAGAGGAAGCUCAUGCCUCAGGCUGUGACCCCAGGGGGCCCCGUGGAGAUGAAGUCCCCCACUGCUAUGCAACUCACCAGACAACUGCUGAAGGAGAAGGGCAUCGCGGGGCUCUACAAGGGCCUGGGGGCCACACUGCUCAGGGACGUCCCGUUCUCUAUCAUUUAUUUCCCCCUGUUUGCUAAUCUGAAUAAUCUGGGGAAGAAAGGAGGAGAUGGUCCUGCGCCUUUCUACGUCUCCUUCAUCUCAGGCUGCAUUGCAGGAAGCACAGCUGCAGUCGCUGUUAACCCUGUAGAUGUGAUAAAGACCAGACUCCAGUCGCUAACACGAGGCAGUGAAGAGGACUCUUACAGUGGGGUGACGGACUGUAUCAGGAAGAUUUUACGCAACGAAGGUCCCGCUGCAUUCCUGAAGGGGGCGUACUGUCGAGCGCUGGUCAUCGCGCCGCUCUUCGGCAUCGCUCAGGUGGUCUAUUUCCUCGGCGUGGGUGAAUUCAUCUUGAGUCAUCUACCCAAACGAAACAACUAACCAAUCACACCCACUGCCUCCCAUCAUGCAUUGCACCAGUCGGUUUCCCGCCCCUCCCCCGUCUCACAGAAGGAUCAAAGCGUGGACCAGUCUGACUGAUUUUAAUCGUUGUUGUCGUGCCGUUUUUGUUCAAAGCGCCGUGUAUUUUUAUCUGAAUGUGGUGGUUUUAAUACUGAGCGUAAAGUGAGAUUGUGUUUGCCAAGCUGCCUGUUUUAUUUGUGUCUCGUCCCGUCUCACGCUGAGGCGAAGUGAUAUCCUUUUAUGAGUGUUAAAUCUCGAGCCAUUAUCCGAUCAUUGGGCAUCUCACGACAUUUAAAGCGUAAAAUCAGCGAUCAAUCGUAACUCGUGCUCUUGUUAAUUAUGGACUAAAAUAUCAAGCUCUUUUUAAUUGCUAAUUUCCUGGAAGAACAGGGCAUGUAAUGUUGAUUAGCUUGCCCUCUGUAGGGCGCUGUUUUUGUCUGUAUUACGGCCAACUCCGAAUGCCUUUCCUCUGGGCGUCGAAUGACUUUGAGGAAAAGUGUGGAAAAGACACACAUCCUUGAGUGUAUUAAAGUCCAAAGUUUCUGACCUGAGAACAGCAUAUCGUUACGCCUUAUCGAGGCUCGUGUUUCAAAAUGACACGUCGGCUUCAGAGGUUAAUUUGAUUAAUAAAGCUGAGGGGAGACGUAUCAGUGAACUAAGAUGUGAAUUAGACUUGAAAGCAUCUCUUAAAUUGACUGAAUCCAAAUGCAAAUGCCUGCAAGUAGUGGCCAUUAAAACUUCCGGAAAGUUCCCACACUUUGGGAGAUAAUCAUUACGGAUUAAGAGAUUGGUUCCGCAUGGCCACAGUACAUUUUUGGGCUCAAAUCUGAAUGAAAAAUAACAUUAAAUAUGAGAUAAAACCUCAUUUAAAUCACUUUAAUAGGGGGGUUUGAAGUUUAAUUAAAAAUUAGAUAUGCAAAGUAGAUUUUUUGUUCCUUAUUUAGGCUGGGACACGUAUGUAAUGUCAUAGAGACUAUGCUGUAGUUUCCAAAGCUAAUCUAAUGUGUAGGCGUUGUUAUCUUUAAAUAAAUCUAAUCUAAAACGUUGUCUAUUUAAAAGGUUUAUUUAUAUAAUUAUAUAUCAAAUUAAUAGAAAGUACAUUAAUAUUUAUAACUAUCAUGACUGUAAAAUGAAUAUGCAAAUUCAAACACAAUUUUUUUUCAAAAUAUUCAAAACAAAAACAACAAAUAUGAAAUAAAAGAGUUAAAUACACUAAAACAAUAACUCUGUAACUUAUGUAAUCUAAUUAAUAUUCAUGAGCAUAUCAGAUGUGUUCAUAUUGUGUCCCACUCACUGAAAACCCAACUCAACUAGUUCAAUUUUCCAAUUAAUAUGCUAGCGUGAAAAAGUUUUCACCCCCUUUACAUCUGUUUAAAUAAAAGCUCAUUUAAAAUAUUAAGAAAAUAAAGCAAAACAAUAACUGUAUCUUAGAUGCUUUCCCAACUAUUAUGUCACCUUAUUAAUAUUCAUGAGCAUAUCAGAUGUGUUCAUAUUGUGUCCCACCCACUGAAAACCCAACUCAACUAGUUAAAUAUUCCAAUUAAUAUGCGUGAAAAGGUUUUCACCCCCCACAUCUGUUUAAAUAAAAACUCAUUUUAAAUAUUAAGAAAAUAAAGCAAAACAGUAACUCUGUAUCUUAGAUGCUUACCCAAAUAUCAUGUCACAUAAUUAAUAUUCAUGAGCAUAUCAGAUGUGUUCAUAUUGUGUCCCACCCACUGAAAACCCAAAUCAACUAGUUAAAUAUUCCAAUUAAUAUGCUAGCGUGAAAACGUUUUCACCCCCUCUCAUCUGUUUAAAUAAAAGCUCAUUUAAAAUUUUAAGAAAAUAAAGCAAAACAAUAACUGUAUCUUAAGAUGCUUUCCCAAAGACCAUGUCACCUAAUUAAUAUUCAUCAGCAAAUCAAAUGCGUUUAUAUUGUGUCUCACCCACUGAAAACUCGACUCAACUAGUUAAAUAUUCCAAUUAAUAUGCUAGCGUGAAAAAGUUUUCCCCCCUUAAGCAGUUUUGUCAGAUAAAACUUAAAACGCCAAAGUAACAAGCAUAUCGAUUGUAAUGCCUGUCCUGUACAUCUACGAUGGGCGGAGCUACAGAUCAUGAAUAUUAAUGCAUUAGCUGUAUCAUUGUUUUCCUGACAGCUUUUUAAUAGUCAUUCCAAUUUUAUCAAGAAGCUAAUAAGCACACGUUCCAGAUUUUUGGGCCGAAGUCCGAAUAUUUAUUGAUAAUCCUGAUUAUAUCGACGUAAACACACUUAUAGUAUAUCUCACUAUAUAUUUGUAUGGAUAGUUUUAUCAGUGUCUGAUUGUUUGUGUGAUCUUUGUUGAUUACUGUGUACUGUAUAUAUGCAGAUGAUAUUACGAAGCGAUUACGUUUUUUUUUUUAACGUUUUGUUAUACGAUGGCUUAUUUGCACACCUCCCCGUUCCUUCUGUUUAUGUUGUUGGCAUCUGGAAGAGUUAAUAUGCCAGUUUACACACCGUUUGAGCCGGACCUGUGAUGUAUUAGUGUUGGAAUUGUGAGCUUUUUUUGUGCACUACCAAACUUAACGAACAAAAACUCCCGAACGCUCUCAGGUCGUGGUUCUCAUUUACUUUUUGUUUUUUGCUUCUCGCAGAGACGUUCGGAUCGAUUUGCAGCCUGUUGUGUAGAGUCAAAAGACAAUGUUCUCGCUCACAAUAUGUGUUGUCGGCUGGAGCGAGAUAAGCUGGUCUGUGUGUGCAAUCAAGAGUGUUUUUGGCCCGUGCUGACAAACAUUCGAAUCUGUUUCAUACUGCCAAACGAUUCCUGACCAAAAUUUCAGCCUCUAAUACCUCUGUCCCCUUUCCCAGUUUUAGCCUCAGUACACUGACUUUUAUAAACUCGUCUGGUUAAUAUUUACCUGCAACUGAAUGUACACAACUAAUCGAGCGUUUGAGGUUGGCAUGUUUAUUUAAUUUGUUUGUUUUAAUUUGUAUUUUCCCCCCAUCAAGAGUUGAUCAAAAAUGACCAAAAAAUAAUUUUAUGGUUUAAAUUUGAUUAUAAUUUAAAUUAUAGUAAAAGAAUAUAAUGGAAAACAUCAUUUUGGUUGUAAUAAUACCCUUUGGCAAUGUCGAAAAGCCCCAUAAAAUAUACUUUAUUAGUCAAAAUUAAUCUAAAAGUGACCAAAAGGACUUUUAAAAAGAAUAGAAUGAUUUCACAGUGAUGCGCAGAUUAAAGAUGACAAGUUUCAUAUUUAAAAUGUGUAAAUAAAAAUGUAGUCUAGAUUAUGGAUUACUAAUUGGAUUACUUUUAGAUUACUUUUUAAUUUCUAGUUUUGGUUUUAUGAUUUGAAUUUGAUUACAGUUUAAGUUAUAAAGCCAAAAGUAGAAAAAGAAAAUGGAAAACACAGCAGAUUCAAGAUGACAAAUUUCAUGAUAAAAUUUGUAGUUAGUAUUGCAAUCUCGAUUAUUGAUUACUAACUGGAUUACUUUUAAUUACUUUUGAGAUUUGAAUUUGGUUAUAGUAAUACUGUAUAUAGAAAAAGAAAAUGGAAAGAUAAUUUAGAUUUUAACAAUACCUUUGGAAAUAUCGCCUAGCCUUAUAAUGUACUUUAUCAGUCGAAAGUAAUCUAAAAGUGACCAAAAAAGGUUAUUUUACAGAUUUUGGAUUACUAAUUGGAUUUAGAUUACUUUCUUAUUUCUAGUUUGGGUUUUAUGGUUUGAAUUUGAUUAUAGUUUAAACUAUAAAAUCAAAAGUAGAAAAAGAAAACAUGAUUUUUAAUGUAAUAAUACCUUCUGCAAUAUCGACUAUCCUUAUAAUAUACUUUAUAAGUCAAAAGUAAUCUAAAAGUUACCAAAAAUGACUUUUAAAAAGAAUAGGAAGACUUCACAGAGAUGCGCAGAUUAAAGAUGACAAAUUUCAUGAUCAAAUUUGUAGUUAGCAUUGCAAUUUAGAUUAUUAAUUAAUAACUAGAUUACUUUUUGAUUACUUUUGAUUUAAAUCAUUUCUAGUUUGGGUUUAGAAAAAGAAAAUGGAAACAUCAGUCAAAAGUAAUCUGAAAGUAAUCUAAAAGUGAACAAAAAAGGUCUUUAAAGAUUAUUUCACAGAUUAUGGAUUACUAAUUGGAUUACUUUUAGAUUACUUUCUCAUUGCUAGUUUGUGUUUUAUGAUUUGAAUUUGAUUAUAAUUUAAAUUAUAAAGCCAAAAGUACAAAAAAAUAUGGCAAACAUAAUUUUGGUCAUAAUAAUACCUUCGGCUAUAUUGUCAAGGCAUAUAAAAUGUACUUAAUCAGUCAAAAGUAAUCUAAAAGUUACCAAAAUUACUUUUAAAAAGAAUAGAAUGAUUUCACAGUGAUAGGCAGAAUAAGAUUACAAAUUUUAUGAUAAAAUGUGUAUAUAAAAAUGCAGUCUAGAUUAUGGAUUACUAAUUGGAUUACUUUCAGAUUACUUUUUAAUUUCUAGUUUUGGUUUUAUGAUUUGAAUUUGAAUACAGUUUAAAUUAUAAAACCAAAAGUAGAAAAAGAAAAUGGAAAACAUAAUUUUGGUUUUAAUAAUCCCUUCCACAAUAUCGAAUAGCCCUACAAAACAUUAUUUUUACUUUAUUAGUCAAGAGUAAUCUAAAAGUGACCCAAAAAAGGACUUUUAAAAAGAAUAGAAAAAUUUCACAAUGAUGGGUCGAUUAAACUUUACAAAUUAGAUGAUAAAAUAUGUAGUUACUAUUGCAAUUUAGAUUAUGGGUUACUAAUUGGAUUACUUUUAGAUUACUUUUUCAUUUCUAGUUUUGGUUUUAUGAUUUGACUUUGAAUACAGUUUUAAUUAUAAAACCAAAAGUAGAAAAAACAAACAAAAAGCAUCAUUUAGAUUGUAAGAAUAUCUUUGGCAAUAUCGCCUAUGAAAUAUACUUUAUUAGUCAAAAGUAAUCUAAAGGUGAUCUAAAAGUAUUGAAAUUAACGAAUAAAGAAUUAAUUAAUAAAAAAUGAAUAAAAAGCCUAAUUUAACUAUGCAUCACAAGAAUAAACCACAUUUUUAGACAUGAUUAUUUACAAAAACAGCAGUAUUUAACUUUUUUCAAAACAAAAACAUUACCAAAAAUUUAACUAGCCUCAAACAUUUGAUGUCCGUGUACAGUCACAAGUCACUAAUUAAUAUGACAACAACGCUAAAUAACCAUUAUCUUGAUGUUCAGAGGGUUUUAUGGUGCUGUCCAACAUCUCAAGAGAGCUUUACGCCAUAAAAACUGUUCAGAUGCUCUUAUUUAUUGUUUUUAAAGGUCAAAGGUAGGACUUUACAAGGUCAACACGUGUAUAACCCUUAUGACCGGUUACCUCACACACUAUUUUUAACUGUCGAAAUGAAUGCACAUGGUAUUAAAAUGGAAGUGCGUUUCAUGCCUGCUUUGAAUCGGACCUUAACGACCUUGUUUUGCCUUUUUGUGUUGGUUUUUACCUAAACAUUCCAAAUGCUAUGACAUAUCUUAAGAUCUGUGAUUAUUUUUAUGAUUGUGAUGACUAUUUUACCUUGUUUUGCUUUAAUUUGUGAUGGUUUAGUCUUGUUUAGAUGGUCUUUUUCAACCGUACCUCUGAUUUGCGUCAUGUUUUCUCAGCUGUGAACUUGUGUUUGUGUAUCGUGUGUGUGUAUGAAGGGUCAGUUGUGCACACGGCUGUAAGUGCGUUUGUUUUUCGUCGUUUAUGUAACACUAAAGUGUGUUUUUCACUCUC